CUACGGCCGACGCCGCUGCUGCCGCCGCCUCGUCCAAGGCUGCUGCCGACGCUGCGUGGGCUGCGUCCUCCUCGUCCUCCAAGGCCGCAGCCGACGCCGCCUGGGCCGCCUCGUCCUCGUCGUCCGCCGCUGCUGCAGCAGCUGCCUCGUCAAAGUCUGCCGCUGCUGCUGCUGCUGCUGCUGCGAGCUCGAAGGCUGCUGCGGACGCCGCCUGGGCCGCUUCGUCGUCCUCGUCCGCCGCCGCCGCCGCCGCCGCCUCCUCCAAAGCCGCCGCCGCCGCCAGCCCCGCCCCUACGAAAGUAGCCGACACCUCGUCCGGGUCCAACUUGUCCCUCCUCGCGCAAUCGGGCGUCAAGGGCUUCCUCGGGACCAACACGAACGCCAUCUUGAGUUGGUACCACACGAAUGCGGCGAGUGAUUCGACCAACGGACAUAGUUGGUGCCAAUUCCCGUACGAUGACUCGGUCCCGGGCGUCGCGCCUUCGCUCAAGACGAUGCUCAACAACUUUGGAGGUGACUACCAGGCUGCCGCUACCGCUUACUGCGGUCUCGAGAUGGUCGUCACUACGCCGGACGGCAAGAGCGCGACCCUCUACAUCGCCGACGCGUUCGACGACACCUGGGUCCGCACUCCUUCGUCCCUCGACGUCAUUUACGGCUCGUUCGCCCAGCUCUUUGGCUCACAGACCAACAACAAGAAUGAUGUCGUCCAAGGCGCCACAUGGAAGUUCACCGGCAACCGCAACUCGAAGUACGCCUUCAAGUCGACGACCUCGCUCUCCUAG